AUGGAAACCACGCUGGGUUAUAUAAUGAUGGGCAGAGCUCAGUGUGAUGACUCCGAUUUAAACACGCACAAAAAUAAUAAUAAAACAUUUUUCUGUUCUACUCAAACGCACAAUUUAGAAGACUUAACGCAACGCUUCUGGGAGCUCGGAAGGGUACCAGAUAAAGUUCACACAAGUCCUGAUGAUGAAGUCUGCGAACGUAUCUUUCAGACAACGCAUUCCCACGACGAGACGGGUAGAUAUACUGUAACGCUCCCAUUUAAAUAUGAUCCCCUUUUGCUCGGAAACUCGUAUAAUAUCGCUAAAAAACGAUUAAUAAAUUUGGAAAGAAAAUUAGAUAACGCACUUGAAUUACGCUCCGAUUAUAACGCAACUAUACAAAAUUAUAUUGAUCAGGGUUACUUAUCAAAAGUCAACUCUGAUGCUCAAAUUCGCAACUCUUAUUACAUACCGCAUAGGGCCGUCUAUCGGCCAGAUAAAAGUACGUCGAAGAUUCGUGUAGUUUUAGACGCCAGCGCUAAAACGACGUUGGGAAAAUCGCUUAAUGAUUUGUUGUUUACGGGUACCAACCUUCAACAAAACAUUUUUAAUUUAUUAAUUAAUUUACGCAUGAUUUCUAUAGCCAUGUCAGAGGACAUAGAAAAAAUGUAUUUUCAAGUACAACUCACGCCGGGUCACCGACCUUUUCAACGCAUUCUCUUUAGAUUUGAUUCUAGUUUAGAUAUUGACGAAUACGAAUUUAAUAGAGUGACAUUCGGAUUGUCUAGUACUCCAUACCUCGCAAUGCGCGUCGUGCGUCAACUAGCAGACGACGAGCGUGUAAAGUGGCCGCUUGCCGCUUACGAGGCCGCGAGUCACAUGUAA